AUGUCCGAAAAUGACAUCGAAGCAAACGAUGGCGAACGACCUUCGACUUCAGAAGAGCGGGACAUAAAGCCGGAAAAGGUAGACCUCGAUGCGGCAGUGGCUCAAUUCGGCGAAUCGUGUCGGGUGUGUCGUGCCCCAUCAGCCGCCCUCCACUACGGUGCCGUUACGUGUGGAGGUUGUAAAAUAUUCUUCCUGCGCGCCGUCAUGUCGGCUUCGGCUGUACUUUGCGAGAAGGAUAAUCAGUGUAGAAAUUUAUCGAAAUGUCGUUUCUGCCGGUUUCAACGUUGUAUCGCGGCGGGGAUGAAGCCGUCAAUGGUCGGCAAGAAAGAGGGAGCGAUGCGUCGACCACCGAAAGUUUCUGAUAUCCCCUUGGCGAUGCUUGGAGGAGCGGCAGUGCCUCAACUCGAAUCACGAAGGCUCUGCGCCGGCGCAUCUUCCUUCACGACCCUCUUCAAGAAGUUGAAGAUCUCCAAGGAUGAGAUUAGCGGGCUGAUCGAGCUGGAGAGAUUCUGCGAUCCAGACGAGCCGAGCACGUCUACGAUAUCCGGGGAUGGGUUACGGUAUGACAUGGAGGUAUCUGUUGGAGAGGGUUUUCAAGAUCCGCUCAAGAUUUGCGAUCGGACACCGAUGAUGUACUGCGCCGAGAAGCCGCUUGUUACUUCCGGGUUUUCGGAGCAGUUGAGGAGCUCCUGUACUGUCGCUCCGUUCGUCCACUUUCUCGACUGGGCGAGGGGAUCUCCCGAGGUGUGGAAGCUCGAUGAGGGCGAUCGGACACUCCACCUCUGUGCCACCGGCGCCAGUGUGGUCCUAUUUUCAUCGGCGUACAAUUCGUAUCGUCUCGGAGUCGAUGGGCUGGCAUUUAAUCAUGGAAUGCGUAUCCAUGGGAGGCAUAAAGCCAAUAAUCUCUACACGAGUUUCUGCAACACCCUAGCCGACUAUAUGGAUUCUAACAUUGUUAGCAUCUUCAAAAAAGCAGCCAUUACCGAAGAGGAAUAUGUCAUUAUUAAGAAAAUAUUGUUUUUCACUUCCCCCCCUUCCCUCUCCGAUUCCGGCCAGGAAGCCGUCCGGAAAUCGAAGCGGAAGUGGGAGAGUGUUCUUGUUAAGCAUUUAUCUGAUCAGUACAAAGAAAAAACUACCGACUUUCAAACGGAGCGCUUGUCGGUGCUGAUGAACUUGGUGCCGUUGUGUAUGAAAAUAGCCCAAAUCAGCGACCGUGUUUUUGCAAAGAUGGUCGUUUACAACGUAAAGAAUAUUCGAGGCCGUCUUUCACUGGAUAUGCAUGUCAGAGGAUUU